GGCACUAGUUGGGAGCUUCUGGACCCGAGGAGGUGGCGACCUUCGACCGGUGACUGUGUCCGCCAUGGCUUCGGACUCAGGGGACCGUGGGACCCUCUGCACGCUGGAGUUUGCCGUGCAGAUGACCUGUCAGAGCUGCGUGGACGCGGUGCGCAAAUCCCUGCAAGGGGUGGCAGGUGUCCAGGGUGUGGAGGUGCACUUGGAGAACCAGAUGGUCCUGGUGCAGACCACUCUGCCCAGCCAGGAGGUGCAGGCCCUCCUGGAAGGCACGGGGCGCCAGGCAGUACUCAAGGGGAUGGGCAGCGACCAAUCGCAUAAUUUGGGGGCAGCAGUGGCCAUUCUAGGGGGGCCUGGCACCGUGCAGGGCGUAGUGCGCUUCCUACAGCUGACCCCUGAGCGCUGUCUUAUCGAGGGGACCAUUGAUGGCCUGGAGCCUGGGCUACACGGGCUGCACGUCCAUCAGUACGGGGACCUCACGCAGAACUGCAACAGCUGUGGGGACCACUUUAACCCUGACGGAGCAUCUCAUGGUGGCCCCCAGGACUCUGACCGGCACCGUGGAGACUUGGGCAAUGUCCACGCUGAUGCUGACGGCCGUGCCAUCUUCAGGAUAGAAGAUGAGCAGCUGAAGGUGUGGGACGUGAUUGGCCGCAGCCUGGUUAUCGACGAGGGAGAAGAUGACCUGGGCCGAGGCGGCCAUCCCUUAUCCAAGAUCACGGGGAAUUCUGGGGAGAGGUUGGCCUGUGGCAUCAUUGCACGCUCUGCCGGCCUUUUCCAGAACCCCAAGCAGAUCUGCUCCUGUGACGGCCUCACCAUCUGGGAGGAGCGAGGCCGGCCCAUCGCCGGCGAGGGCCGAAAGCAGUCAGCCCAACCCCCUGCCCACCUUUGAGCAUGGCCUCCCCUCUGUUAUUGUCCUAGCCAAAUACUUUCCACUUCCAGAGGGGGCAGUGGGGACCUUGCUUGCCUGGUCCUUGGAGAACUAGGUUCAGGAUAUGUAGGGGUUGCUGUGAUGUUCCCUUAGCAAAUUAAAGUUUAUUUUCAUAUGG